UACUUACUAAGAUACGUCUGUACUUUUAAUUUUAAUUAAGCCUUUUUUGAAGUGUUCCUCGUGUGUUUUACGUGUAGUAAAAGGUGAUCCAGUGAUUAUGGGUGGUGAAGAAGGUCUAGGAGUAACUACGGGUCAGCCAAAUCUUUGUAAACAAAAUCUUUCGAAGCUAGAUGUUAAUACAUUAACUGCAUUAUCCCGUGAAGUCAUCAGUAGACAAGCAACAAUUAAUAUUGGUACUAUUGGCCAUGUAGCACAUGGAAAAUCUACAAUUGUAAAAGCUAUAUCAGGAGUACAAACAGUUCGUUUUAAAAAUGAAUUAGAAAGGAAUAUUACUAUUAAACUUGGGUAUGCAAAUGCAAAGAUUUAUAAAUGCGAUAACGAAAAAUGUCCAAGACCAGGAUGUUAUAUAUCCGGAGGAUCGAGCAAAGAUGAUUCGUUUCCUUGUUUACGUCCAGUUUGUCCUGGACGAUUUCAACUUGUACGUCAUGUAUCCUUCGUCGAUUGUCCAGGUCAUGAUAUCCUUAUGGCAACUAUGCUGAAUGGUGCAGCUGUCAUGGAUGCAGCUUUACUUUUAAUUGCUGGCAAUGAAUCGUGUCCGCAGCCUCAAACAUCAGAACAUUUAGCUGCUAUUGAAAUUAUGAAACUGAAAUACAUAAUAAUUCUACAAAAUAAAAUAGAUUUAGUAAAGGAAGCUCAAGCAAAGGAACAAUAUGAACAAAUUUUGAAAUUUGUACAGGGUACAGUAGCUGAAGGAGCACCUGUAAUACCAAUUUCUGCACAACUCAAAUACAAUAUUGAAGUUUUAUGUGAAUACAUUACGAAAAAAAUUCCAAUACCUCUAAGAGAUUUCACUUCGGAACCAAGAUUAAUUGUAAUUCGAUCGUUUGACGUAAAUAAACCUGGUUGUGAAGUAGAUGAUCUGAAAGGCGGCGUUGCUGGAGGAAGUAUUUUAAGAGGAGUAUUAAAAGUGGGUAUGGAAAUUGAAGUUCGCCCUGGACUGGUAUCUAAAGAUAAUGAAGGAAAGUUGACCUGCCGACCGAUAUUUUCACGGAUAGUGUCAUUAUUUGCUGAACAGAAUGAACUUCAAUUUGCUGUUCCAGGUGGCCUUAUUGGUGUCGGAACAAAAAUUGAACCAACAUUAUGUCGAGCGGAUCGUUUGGUCGGUCAAAUUUUAGGAGCCGUAGGAGCUCUACCUAAAAUAUUUAUUGAACUCGAAAUAUCAUAUUAUCUUCUUAAGCGAUUGUUAGGAGUGAGAACAGAGGGCGAUAAGAAAGGAGCAAGGGUGCCAAAAUUAUCGAGAAAUGAGGUACUAUUAGUAAAUAUUGGAUCAUUGAGUACUGGAGGUCGUGUAUUAGCUACACGUGUCGAUUUAGCUAAAAUCAGCUUAACGAAUCCUGUGUGUACGGAAAUUGACGAAAAAAUAGCGUUAUCACGUCGUGUUGAGAAACAUUGGCGUUUGAUUGGUUGGGGUCAAAUUUGUGGUGGUCAAACUAUAGAACCAGUUAUAGAUCGAAAGUAAUUUCAACGAAUA